CUCGAUUAAGCAGACCUCGACGUGGCGCAUGCGCGCUCUGUGUUCUCUCUCUUAACCCGUUUUCGCAAUGUCUCUGCUGAAAAGGAGGCCCGUCACCAAAGGUGGCAAGAAAAAGAAGCAGGUCCUGAAGUUCACCCUGGACUGCACUCACCCAGUAGAGGAUGGCAUUAUGGAUGCAGCCAACUUUGAGCAGUUCCUUCAGGAGCGCAUCAAAGUGAAUGGCAAAGCUGGAAACCUUGGAGGUGGACUCGUAACCAUUGAAAGGAGCAAGAGCAAGAUCACAGUAUCUUCCGAGGUUCCUUUUUCCAAAAGGUACCUGAAAUAUCUUACCAAGAAGUAUCUGAAGAAGAACAACCUCAGAGAUUGGCUUCGUGUUGUGGCGAACACAAAAGAGAGCUAUGAGCUUCGCUACUUCCAGAUCAACCAGGAUGAGGAGGAGGAUGAUGACGAGGAUUAAACUGUCCAUCUUUUUUGUACGUUUCAAUAAAUUCAUUUAAUACUAGCA